GGCUGCUCCACCGACAGUAUCGAGCAAAUACACGACCGCGACGGAGCGUUCUAGUGACAUCUCCGUACAUUUGCCCGUGCCCCCUGCCCGCAGUGGAAUAUUGUGCCGCCCGCCGGAAAUAGUGUGAAUUGUAGCAAUCAUAAAGCGAAACCAUUUGCAAUGGCCUUCCGUGUACUGACGCGAGCCGCCGCCGGCAACCAGCAACAGCAGCAGUUGAAGCUUCUGUCCGACCUGUUGAUCCGUUCGUUUAGCAGCGGUCCGAAGAAUGUUGGGUUCAUCGGUCUCGGUAACAUGGGCGGUCCGAUGGCAAGCAACCUGAUGGCAAAGGGACAUAAGCUGCAUGUGUUCGACAUCUCGAAGGAAGCGAAGGAUUCGCUGCAGGCAAAAGGUGCCGUUCCGUACGACAAUGUAGCCGAACUAGCCAAAGCUUCUGAUUUCGUCGUUACGAUGCUGCCGAACAACGAUAUUGUGGCCGACACGUACGACACCAUCAUCGGUGGCGGUGGUAUCAAGAACCAGACCGUCUUUAUCGAUUCCAGCACGAUCGAUCCGAACGUUGCAAAGGCGGUCCAGAAAAAGGUGAAAGCUGCCGGUGCUACGUUCGUCGAUGCACCAGUGUCGGGUGGUGUGCCCGGAGCUAAGAAUGCUACACUCACCUUCAUGGUCGGCGGUACGACCGACGAGUACCAGGCGGUGAAGGAACUGCUCGAGGGUAUGGGCAAGAAAAUUACGCACUGUGGCGGAUAUGGCAUGGGUCAGGCAGCCAAGGUGUGCAACAACAUGAUGUUGGGCAUUUCAAUGUGCGGUUUGGCCGAAUGCAUGAACCUAGCGAUCCGGCUAGGGCUCGACCCAAAGGUGUUCUCCGACAUCGUGAACGCUUCGACCGGACGCAGCUGGGCAUCGGAGGUGAACAACCCCGUGCCCGGUAUUAUCCCGACCGCACCGGCCGCUAGCGGAUAUGCGGGCGGUUUUGCGACGGGACUCAUCACGAAGGAUCUUGGCAUUGCGUCGGCGGUCGCUACCAGCUCGAACUCACCGAUACCGCUCGGUGCUCUUACGCAUCAGAUCUACCGGACGCUAAUGGCGAAGGGUUUAGCCAACAAGGACUUUUCGGUUGUGUACGAUUUUCUCAAGAACGCAGAGGGCAAGUGAGUGGCUGAGCGGAGCUAAGCCACCAGCGCAACAACCCUGGUGUCGGUCGAUCCGGGCGUCUACCGGGGAACAGCCAGUAGCGCAUACAGUCUUCCAGAGCAUGCAUUUAUGAACGUCAAUAAACGUGUCGUUUAGAUUUUAUUUUCAAGCUGAAA